GCUCCUGGCGGCUGGCAACGACAGGAGUCCGGCAGAAAGAGACGAGCCUCACAGGCCGCACAAAUGUUUCUGCAUCGAACGGCACUGAAUCGGACCAAAACCGGUGGCAUGGGCACCAUGGAUGACGUAAACAUAGGCGGCGGGACAUACAUCCUUUGA